GACUAGAAUGAAGCUGUAAAAUGCAUAGCGCAAUAUCAAUACUGACGCUGACGCUGCUUCCUGUUAGCUUGUGCCUAUCGACCGACGAGUCCGGUGAAAAAUUUUCACCGGAAGAAAAGGAAGCAAUUCAACGACUGAAAACGCAGUUUGACGAUGCCUGCUUGCGCAACAGUGGCUCGAAUGUGACGUACGAUGAAGUAAUGGAAGCCGUUGCACUAACGCCAGCAUGUGUCAGUUCUAAGAUCAGUGUUGAGGAAUUGUUCGGUGAUUGGCUGGAGCUGAACAACGAUACCAGAGUGGCGUUCUUUUCCAAAUACUGCUCGCCGGUUAAGAGUAGCGUGGUAGAAUGUUUGAAACCUGUUGAAUCACUAGCACUCCAGUGUGUGCGGCCAGAAGGUCAAAGGGUAGAAGCACCCGACUUUCCGCUGUACAUUCUACCCCAGGUGGUGGAUUUGCUUUGUGAAGAUUAUGGGGCGAUUUUGUUCGCUAAUAAUGUAGUGAGUCCCAUUGAAUGUUUUCAAAACUACUACUCGUACAUUCAAAGCUGUAUGAAGAACUUUGUCAGUGAAACGAAUGCCAAGGUCAGGGGAGAUUAUGGUGAAGUAGAAUGCAACGUAUUGAAAAGUGCGAGAGAUUGUGUAGCGGAAAAGGUAGAUGCUUGUGGGAACCGUGACCUAAUAAGAAUAUUCGAUUUACCUUAUCAAGCUGUUAUACGAGAGACUUUUUGUAAAAAUAUGAUUUAAAUCAUUUAAAUUUUAUUUGAUGCAAACUGUUAUAUAAAUGUGUUUAUUUUUAAUUUUUAA